AUGGCCGCCAAUUCCAGCCCGUUCGCCGGCGCCCCCGCCGAGACCUCUAACGAGGACGAUCCCGCAUCCGCAUCAGAUACACAGUUUUACAACUAUGACGACUCGAAUUCAUCCGCACUCCCUGCUCAUCCUCACGAUGUCGCUUCCAGUCAUGGCCAUCUUUCCGAUUCGAAGACGAAGGAGCCUCUUCCCAUGCAGAAGCGGCGCCGGGUGACUCGCGCCUGCGAUGAAUGUCGUCGCAAGAAAAUUAAGUGCGAUGGGAAACAGCCGUGUACCCAUUGCACAGUCUAUAGCUAUGAAUGUACAUAUGAUCAACCCUCGAACCGGCGCCGAAACCCUGCUCCGCAAUAUGUCGAGGCACUUGAGAAUCGUUUGCAUAAAGCCGAAGCCCUUCUCCGCGUGGUUCUACCCGACCUGAACCUGGACGACCCCCAGUUUGACGUGCAUGCGACCGAGCAGAUGCUGGCCGCCAUCAAAAAGGAAAAACCGCAGCCGCCAAUGCCAACCGCAAGCGCCCCUAAAACCUCGACUGCUCCUGAACCGACAACAGACGCAGCGGACGGUGGUGCCGGUGACGAGUCGCUGUUGGAGUCUAUGGUUGAGAAUUCAGGCUGCCUGGAUCUGGAUGACCAGGGUCAUUGGGAUUAUCAUGGACAUACCUCCGGUAUCAUCUUCCUGCAACGAUUGCGCAAGCAACUUGGGGCUUCAGACAUGCCGGUCCCGUCGUUCCGAACACGGGUCCUCUCUCAGAUGUUGGAUAGCCCUAAGUCGACGUCCGAGUCUCCGUCGGAUUCCUCGCUGCCCCCCACUCACGAUCUGCCCUCCCGGGAUGUUGCACAGCGUCUGUGCCAACACGCUUUGUACGAGGGAUGUUCUCUUAUGCGGUUCGUGCACGAGCCCAGCUUCUUCGCCAUGCUAGAUCGAAUCUAUGAUACCCCUCCGGAGCAGUUUGGAAACGAAGAGAAUUCAUUCUUGCCGCUUCUGUACAUCGUCAUAGCUGUUGGUUGCUUAUUCUCGGAUGACGGGGCUGGUACCCUGGAUAUUGCAGGUUAUGAAGGCGCUAUUGGUCAAGGAUUUCAAUAUUUCAAGGCUGGCCGGCAACUCCUGGACAUCACCGAUUGCCGUGAUUUGACCUCGUUACAAGCGGUUUGUUUCAUGGUCUUGUUCUUACAAUCCUCCGCCAAACUAAGCCUGCAUCGCUCUGUAGCCGCCGACUUCAACCCCAUCGAGCGAGAGUUGCGGAAACGCAUUUUUUGGGUCGUACGGAAGAUGGACGUCUACGUGAGCACCAUGCUGGGGCUGCCCCAGAUGUUGAGCAAUGACGACAUCGAUCAGGAGUACCCUGUGGAUGUUGAUGGGCAGUUUAUCACCAAGGAUGGUAUUUUGCCCAUGCCGUCGGAUUAUACGCCCUUGAUGGCAGGGGCCAAUGCCCACACUCGGCUGUCCAACAUCAUUCUCAAGGUGGUAAAGUACAUAUAUCCAGUGAAGAAUGCUCUGCAUCCGUCCAAGUCGGAUAUGCGCUACAUGGUGAGUCAUUCCAAGAUUCGCGAAAUCGAGCGCGACUUGCAGACCUGGAUGGAGGAACUGCCUGCAGCUCUCCGUCCGGGGACGGAGGUAUCUCCCCAGUUAGAACGUAUCCGACAACUGUUGCGAAUCAGCUAUGCUCACGUGCAGGUUGUCAUGUAUCGACCCUUCUUGCAUUAUGUGUCUAGCGGGUCACAAGCUCGAGGUGUGGACCGGCGGUCAUACGCUUGCGCCGCCGCAUGUGUGAGCGUCUCACGAAAUAUUGUCCAUAUUACGACUGGCAUGCACAAGCGAGGAUUGCUCAAUGGGUCCUUCUGGUUUACUAUGUACACGACCUAUUUCGCCAUCUUGUCGUUGAUCUUCUUUGUGCUCGAGAAUCCCGACUCGCCGACGGCCAAGGACGGUGUUUUGAAAGACGCCAUGGAGGGCAAGAACACUCUGGCGGGACUGGCGAAGAAGAGUUUGGCGGCAGAUCGCUGCUCGCAGAGUCUCAAUUCUCUGUUCAAGAACCUCCCCGAGCUCUUGAAAAACCGCCAGAGCUCGGUGAAGCCUGUGAAUCUCAAGCGUCCAGCGCCGGCCGCUGUCUCUCGGCCUGCUGCAAAUGUGAAGAGUCAGCAACCUGCGCCGGAGAUAGCGCCUCCGCAGAGAGCUAGUACAUUUCCGCUGCAACUACUGAGCCGACAGUCCAAGGCCGAGGCGAGCAAUACACCCAAGAGCUUGGACGAUAGUCAUAAUUUUGGCGGUGGCAAGAUGUAUCAGAGCCAAGUCAAUACCCAAGUCAGUACCCCAACGUGGCCUCCGUCUACCCCGGAGCCCCGUACCGACACCACCACGACGACGCCCGAGCCCUUUAUUGCCGAUCAAGCUCGCGCAACGACCACGGCAUCUCCAAUGCCGGGGAUGCAUUCGCGAGAGCCCUCGUCGGGGCAAUUCUCAGCACAGCAGUUGGCCAAUACCGGAAAUUUGCCGGACCUCAUGCCCAUCAUGUUCCCAUCCGACGAUCCCUUUGCCUAUCCCACUCAACCAAUGUCCACAUUGGAAGAUGACCAUUUCCGCGUCGACGGACUGGGCCUACAGUCAACGAAUCAGUUCGGAUUCGACCCGUCAUCGCAGGGGUUACCGUCGUCGACCUCGAAUGAUUCACCAAUGGGUGCGGUGUCCACUCCGACGUUUGACAACUUUGGCACUUUCCCGCUUUUUGAUAAUGGAACGUCAACCGGCAUAAAUGGCACACUCCCGCAUCGUGUCGUACCGCAGAAGCAGCAGGUUAUAAACCAAGCUCGGCUGCAGUCACCCGUGUCGCAUAGCUCGACUCCUGGCAGCGGCACCGAGGCGGUCAACAGCCCCGACCUGGUGUCUAUCCCCAAUCAGAACUUCAUGUGGCAAGGAUACAACUUCCAGCCACAAACGUUCCCUCAGGAUUCGUCAGGGCCGCAGCAGGUGCCGACGACAACUGUAUCGCAGGGCUUUAGCAUGGGAAUGAACGAGAAUAAUGAAAUGGGAGCGGGCCUUGACAUGGGGUUUCUCCCUCUAGACGAUAUCUUCGGCGAUCCAUGCCGACCAAACACGCUCGCCAACGACGACUGGAUCCAGUGGAUGAAUGUGGGAAGUUGA